AUGGCUGUUGUAUCCAACUCUGGCAUUCUCUCAAAAUACCUCUCUCUCGCUCAACAUGAUAAAGUGCAGGCCGAAUACAUCUGGAUUGAUGCAAACAAUGGCUUGAGAUCCAAGACUCGUACGCUUGAUUUUGUGCCCAAAUCACCCUCCGAGUUACCUGAAUGGAACUUUGAUGGUUCAUCUACUGGACAAGCGGAAGGCCAUGACUCGGACGUCUUGAUUCAACCAGUGGCCAUCUUUGCUGAUCCCUUCCGUGGCGGUAACAACAAGCUGAUUUUAUGUGAGACUUUUAACAAUGAUGGUACGCCUCAUGCUACUAAUUAUCGUCAUACUUGUAAAAAGACUAUGGAGCUUCAUGCUGACAGCAAACCUUGGUUUGGUAUUGAGCAAGAAUACAUGCUGUUUGAUCCUGAGACUGCAAAGCCUUAUGGUUGGCCAAUGCAUGGUUUCCCUGAACCCCAGGGCAAGUACUAUUGUGGUGUUGGUGCAGGAAAAAUCUUUGGUCGUGAUAUUGUUGAAGCACAUUACAGAGCAUGUCUCUAUGCGGGUAUCAACAUUUCUGGCGUCAAUGCUGAAGUCGCUCCAGGUCAAUUUGAAUUCCAAGUAGGCCCUUGUCUUGGUAUUGAUAUGGGAGACCAUCUUUGGGUUGCUCGUUAUAUCCUUGAACGUGUAUCUGAAGAUUUCGGUAUUGUCGUGUCGAUUCAUCCCAAGCCCAUCAAAGGUGAUUGGAACGGUGCCGGAUGUCACACCAAUUUCUCUACGGAAGCCAUGCGUCAAGAAGGCGGUAUUGAAGCCAUUGAAAACUCUAUCAAGAAGCUGAGCCUCCGUCACGCAGAGCAUAUUGCAGUGUAUGGCGAAGACAAUGAUCAGCGUCUUACAGGCAGACAUGAGACGGGACACAUUAAUGAUUUCAGUUACGGUGUGGCUAACCGUGGUGCCUCUAUCCGUAUUCCUCGUCAUGUUGGUAUUGAGGGCAAAGGCUAUUACGAGGAUCGUCGUCCUGCUUCCAACAUUGACCCUUAUAGAGUUACCAACAUUAUUGUGGAAUCCACUUUCCUUCCUGAUGCUUAA